GGCUCCACACUUAAUUUCAGACUUACCUUAGUUACCACAUGGUGACGCUCUCGGUUCAAAUAAAUUCUGCAGCACGAACUCGCUGCUCUUCUCACGGUUUUAAGGACACAGCAUUGAGACUUCGCCAAGCAUCCAUGUUUUUAAAUCCAUAUCACGGGAAACUAGCGAACACUGUAUGUCGCUUCCAAAGAAUCUUGUUUUAGUAUAAACUGCAAACCACGAAGGAGAGAAUUAGAUAUAUUCUUUGUUUAUAAUGGGAUUUUCUGAGCUAGGCGGUCUGAAACUCCAGCAGCUGCUCCUUUCGUUUCUUCUCCACACAUCCUGGGAGGUAGGGAGUGGCCAGGUCCAUUACUCGGUGCCGGAGGAAGCUAAACACGGUACGUUUGUGGGUCGCAUCGCGCAAGAUCUGGGUUUGGAGGUUGGGGAUCUGGUGCCUCGGUUGUUCCGGGUGGUGUCCAAGGGCCGUAAGGACUACUUGGAAGUAAACGCGCAGAACGGCAUUUUAUUUGUGAAUUCUCGGAUCGACCGUGAGGAACUGUGCGGCCGCAGGCCUAUUUGUAGCAUCCACUUGGAGGUGAUCGUGGACAAACCUUUGCAGGUUUUCCAUGUAGAAGUGGAGAUCAAGGACAUUAAUGAUAAUGCUCCUAUGUUUCCUGCUACAGAACAAAGGCUGUUCAUAUCUGAAUCUAAACAGCCUGACUCCCGAUUUCCGCUAGAGGGUGCGUCAGAUGCCGAUAUCGGAGUGAAUUCUCUCUUGACCUACGGACUCAGUCCUAAUGAAUAUUUUAUUUUGGAAAUGCAAACGAGUAGUGAACAAAGUAAAACUUUGUCACUUUUGUUAAGAAAAUCUUUGGAUAGAGAAGAUACUCCUGAGAUUCAACUGUUACUGACAGCCACUGACGGGGGCAAACCGGAACUCACCGGUACAGUCCAAUUAAAGAUAUCCGUGUUAGAUGUAAAUGAUAAUGAUCCUGAGUUUGAUCAAUCAGAAUACAAAGUGAAAUUAUUGGAAAACGUUGCAAACGGCACAUUUAUAGUAAAGGUCAAUGCUACGGAUAGGGACGAAGGAAUAAAUAAAGUUUUACAAUAUUCAUUGCGUUCGAUAAAACCAAAGGGAAAUGACUUGUUUAGGUUAAAUGAGAAUACAGGUGAAAUUAGAAUAAAUGGAAAUUUGGAUUUCGAGGAAAAUAAAUUCUAUGAACUUCAGGUAGAGGCGAAUGAUAAAGGAAUCCCUCCGAUGGUGGGUCACUGCAGAGUUUUGGUGGAGGUCCUAGACAUCAACGACAACGCUCCAGAGGUGGUCGUGACGUCGCUCUCUCUGCCAGUUCGUGAGGAUGCCCCACCAGGCACAGUCAUAGCUCUCAUCAGCGUGUUUGAUCCUGAUUCAGGCGCCAACGGGGAGGUGACUUGCUCGCUGUCUCCUCCAGGGCCCUUCACGCUAGUGUCCACUUUCAGAAAUUACUACUCUCUAGUGCUGGACGGCACUGUGGACCGGGAGAGCAUCUCCGUCUAUGAACUAAUGGUGACUGCGAGGGAUGGGGGUACUCCAGCUCUUCGGGCCACAGCCAGAAUUUCUGUGGGCAUUGGCGAUGUGAAUGACAAUGCACCAGCCUUCGAGCAGCCUUUGUACACUGUGUUCGUGAGGGAGAAUAACCCGCCGGGCAGUCACAUCUUCACAGUAUCCGCAUCGGACCCUGAUGCUCAGGAGAACGCGUUAGUGUCUUACUCAUUGGUGGAGAGGAGGGUGGGAGAGCGUCCUCUAUCGAGCUUCGUGUCUGUGCACUCAGAGAGUGGAAAAGUGUAUGCCUUGCAACCCCUGGACCACGAGGAGCUGGAGCUGCUGCAAUUUCAGGUGAGCGCCCGGGACGCGGGCUUCCCUCCACUGAGCAGCAACCUGAGCCUGCAGGUGUUUGUACUGGACGAGAAUGACAACGCGCCAGUUGUGCUGCCACCUUAUUCCAGCGUUAGCCCAGUUACCGAGCUAGUGUCGCAGUCAGUGACUGUGGGCCAUGUAGUGGCCAAGAUUAGGGCUGUGGAUGCAGAUUCUGGGUAUAAUGCCUGGCUCUCUUAUGAGCUGCUUCCAGAAGUGGGCGCUGAGCACAGUCCUUUCCGAGUGGGUCUGUAUACUGGAGAGAUCAGCACAACUAGGGCCUUGGAGGAAUCGGAUGGACUGAAACAGAUACUGCUAGUGCUAGUAAAAGACCAUGGGGAACCCAUGUUAUCUGCCACAGCUACAGUAAGUUUGUCACUUUUGGAGAGUGGUCAGGCCCUUCAGACGUCUUCUGGGGUAGCUAGGCAGCCAGCAGCUUCAUCCAUUGUCAAGGGAACAGCUCUAGUGAAUGUGAACGUGUAUUUGAUAAUAGCCAUCUGUUCUGUGUCCAGUUUGUUGGUGCUGAGCCUACUGCUAUAUGUCAUGCUUCGAUGCUCUACACCAACACAGGACAUAUACGGGCCUGGGAAGCCCACUUUGGUAUGUUCAAACGAGGCAGGAAGUUGGUCGUAUUCCCAGCAGCGUCGGCAGGUUUGUUCUGGAGAAGGAACUGUCAAAAAUGACCUCAUGGCUUUCAGCCCUAACCUUCCUCCAUGUCCAGUACCUUCAGAUAGAGAACAGCAAGAGGCUAAGAAGGAACCUUUAGGCAAGGUGAGUCUUUUAUAUUCCAGCAAUACUUACAAUGAUCUAGAAGAUGGCAAAGCAUGGAAGGUCUUUGGAAUAACCUUUGCUUUGUCAUCUUAA